GCCGCGCUUUCGAGAAGACUCAAUCGUCGCUUUCGCGUGAAAACCAUGAUCCAACGCGACCGGGUGCUGUUUGUGGCCGCGCUGUUGAGCGCCCUGGCCACCGACCGGUGGGUGGUCAGCGCCACGUUCGACGCGCUUUGCGACGGAGUUCGAUUCGCCACCUUCGCACAUCCGGACGACUGCCGGCAGUACGUGGUGUGUUUCCAGGGAAAACCGACCGUCCAACGGUGCCCGGCGGGCUACGUUUUCAAUCCGUACGUCCUGUUCUGCGUACAGCAGUCACAGUACGACUGCCGGCACAUAACGACGCCGACUCCUGGGCCACCGGAACCCGCACCCAGCUCCACGACGGAGCCAUCGGUAGCCGAGGAACUGCCGACAUCUACGGUGGAGCCGCCGGGCUGCACCGGGCGACCCAACUGGGAGUCGUUUUUCUGUGUGGACGUGCGGCGUGCACUGGUGGCCAAUCCCAUGAACUGCACCCAGUACAUCAACUGUCAAUCGAAUCCCCCGAGCAACAGCCGGUGCCGGCCGGGGACCGUCUUCAGUGACGCGUACCAGGACUGUCUGCCGGGAGACGGCCAGGCGUGUGCGCUCGACCCCGUCUGCGAUCAGUUCUGUGCCGAGCGGCCCGACGGAAGCUACCCGCACCCAUACCUAUGCAACCGGUUCCUGUCGUGCGUGCGGCGCACGGUCCGGUUCGAAUCGUGCCCGCCGUUCUUCGUGUUUAAUCAGACCGUCCGCCAUUGCGUGGCCGGCAACGCCGUAGACUGUUCCAGUCUGUUGACACGGUGAUAACGGAGUGGCGCAGCGAUAGGCGGGUUGAUUCCGCCAAUUCCGCAGCAUCGAUUAUCACGCGACCGACGGAAGUCUCAAUAAAUCUCAUGUCCAAU